AUGUCGGACAAGAAGAACGAGGACUACACCAUUCGCAUGCCCGACUCGGGUAUGCGGAGUCCUUUUGGCACAGAGAAGGAGCCGUUCAUUACACGGCCUUCGCGGACCAUACCACAUAAACAGAGCUCCUUUCAGCUUGCCAAGAUCGAGAACAACCCGGCCGCCGCCAUCAUCGCCUACUGCCUGGCGUCCAUAAGCAUGACAGUGGUCAACAAAUACGUGGUAUCAGGCUCCGAGUGGAACCUGAACUUCUUCUAUCUUGCAGUUCAGUCUAUCGUUUGCAUCGUGACCAUUGAGGUCUGCAAGCAGGCUGGUUUGAUCAAGAACCUGGCUCCUUUUGACAUCAACAAGGGCCGAAGAUGGUUCCCCAUCUCCCUCCUCCUGGUCGGUAUGAUCUACACGAGCACGAAGUCGCUACAAUUCCUCUCGGUUCCAGUGUACACCAUCUUCAAGAACCUGACCAUCAUCGUCAUCGCCUAUGGCGAGGUUCUAUGGUUUGGAGGAAGCGUUACCCCUCUGGCGCUACUUUCCUUUGGUCUCAUGGUGCUCAGCUCCGUUGUCGCUGCCUGGGCAGACACUCGCCAUGCCAGUCAGACUGUCGAGGCUGCCGAGGCUCUCGCGACACUGAACGCCGGGUAUGCCUGGAUGGGACUGAACGUCUUCUGCACCGCCUCUUUCAUGUUGGGUAUGCGCAGGGUCAUCAAGACCAUGAACUUCAAGGACUGGGACACCAUGUUCUACAACAACCUCCUCACGAUCCCCGUCCUCGUCAUCUGCUCCCUAAUCGCCGAAGACUGGUCAAGCGAGAACCUGGCCAAGAACUUCCCACCCGAGACCCGAAACGCCCUCUUCGUCGGUAUGAUCUACUCGGGCAUGGCAGCUAUCUUCAUCUCGUACUGCUCUGCGUGGUGCAUCCGUGUCACUUCUUCCACUACAUACUCGAUGGUCGGCGCUCUCAACAAGCUCCCGAUUGCCGUCAGCGGUCUCAUUUUCUUCUCGGCGCCAGUUACGGUGGGAAGUGUCUCGGCCAUCUUGAUCGGCUUCGUCUCCGGUAUCGUGUACGCUUGGUCGAAGGUACGCCAGCAGGCGGUGGCCAAGAACUCGCUGCCAACGACGCAACCUGCGAUGAGCGCAAGCGCCCAGAGCAACCGCGACGCUGCCAAUUCCUAG